AUGCCGUCAAUCACCCCCCUCGUCAUCGCCGCAAGCCUCGGCUUCGUGCAUUUAGCGCACGCCCAGACCAAUAUCACUGCCAGUGCCUGCGCCGCCUCAACUGUCUACUCGUCCUGCAACCUCGAUGUCGCAAACAAGUGGAGUUCCUGCGUGAACGGAUGCAAUGGCUCUAGUGACUGCAUUGUGGACUGCGGCUGUACCGCACACCAAGAGUAUAUCAAUUGCAUGGCACGCUCAUGCUGGAACCAGGUGUACUCCUGCGAAUACCAACUCUUCAUACAGCAGUAUUUCGCCAUAUGCCCCAGUGCCAUCGAGCCAAUCCCAUUCUGGCCAGCACCAGACAAUGCACCAAACCGCUGCUCCUGUGAUCUGGGCAAGGUUCUUCGAGCCACCCUAACUGCGCGCAAGGAGCAAGUGUCCUGUAUCUUAAAUGUAACCGACCACACCGUGAACGAUGUCACAAGCGCCGUGACGAACCUAGGCGAUCUCGCCAAUCUCAGCGACAUUGCUAACACAGCUACCGAAUGUGCAUGUUGCGGUAGUAGCGCCAGUCUUUCAGCUGCCUGGCAAGUGUGUCCAAACACGAUUCCCCGCCUCGCAGGCGCUGAUCUCUGGUUUACAUUCUUCCCAUCCGACUAUCCAAACCUCUAUACUUCGAUUCCGGAUUUCGUCUGGGAUACAUGCGAUAGUACGCUCGGGUCGACAAAUUGUCAAGAUAUUGGGUUCACGGAUCCGUCAGACAAGUUUUACAAGCCGGGUGAGUUCCCGUCGAAUGGGAGCUCGACGUUGAGUAAUGUUGGGGGAACGGUUUCGGCGCCGCCUAGCGGGACGGUGAUUACUUGGUCGCAGUCGAAGACUACGUGGACAAUUACUGCUACUAGGUUUGAUGCUAAGGCUGUUGCUACUAAUAGUGGAUCUACGGCUACUGGGACGGUUACUGGGACAGCUACCGGGACUGAGACGGGGACGUCUGCGGCGCAGACUUCUGUAAAUGCGGGAGUUGUGGUGAAGCCUGCGGUCCUCCUGGUUAUUGGUUGUUUGGUUUUGGGUUUGGUGUUUUGA